AUGGAGAAUGAGGACUGGAUUAUAUGUGAGAGUCUCCAUACGGUCGGUGAUCUGAAUGACUUCAUUGAGCCUUAUGAUGUGGAACAAGAACAGAUUCAGAAGAAGGUCUUCACCAACUGGGUCAACGCGCAGUUGGCAAAGAGGAGGCCGCCAUGUAUGAUCGUGGAUCUGUUCCAGGAUUUCCGUGACGGCUCCAAACUGCUGGAUCUGCUGGAGGUGAUGAGCAGCCAGCGUAUUAGUCGGGAUAGAGGAAGGGGAAUGUUUCAGCACAGGAGCAACAUCGAAAAAGCUCUGGCCUUUUUAAAGUCAAAAUCGAUCAAACUAGUCAACAUAAACAUUCCUGACAUCAUCGAUGGUAAACCGUCCAUCAUCCUGGGCCUCAUAUGGACCAUCAUCCUCCAGUAUCAUAUCGAGGAGUUGGCCAGCAGCCUGUCUUUCAACUCCCGUCAGUCGUCCAUGGAGUCGUUGGCCAGUCUGGACUCCCGCUCCACCUUAUCCAACCGCUCGGCCACAAGCAGCCCCGUCCCCCCCAGAGGGUCCCCGCUACACCAGAGGUUCAGGGUGUCCGCCAAGAAGGCCCUGCUGCUCUGGGUUCGAGAACAGUGUCACAAAUCCGGCUGCACCAUUAACGUUAAAGACUUCAAAGCCAGCUGGAGGAGCGGCGUGGUUUUCCUAGCCAUCAUGUACGCUCUCAGACCGGACCUGGUGGAUCUGUCCAAAGCCAGAACCAGAAGCAACAAACAGAACCUGGAGGAGGCUUUUCGCAUCGCCGAGAGAGAACUGAGGAUCCCCCGACUGCUGGACCCCGACGUAGCCGAGCCCUUUGAGCCUCGGGGCGAGUACGAUGACGAUCUGACAGUCUGCUGA